AAUAGCAAACAAAAGCGAAAUAACAGAAAAACAGAACCCUGAACCCUCACCGCCACUUCCUCCGUACUUCAACUUCUCGGCCAUGGCGGCGCUACCGGCCAAUGAGAUAUCUGCGUCGGGACGGACCUCGGUAAAGCUGAACCUUACAUCCCUGCAAUCCAUAAUGAAAGUCGAUCCCGAAGGAUAUAGGUCGGAGCUUUCGCUUGUUUACGAUCAAUUUAAAUCGUCCCUCGACCUAUUUCAGCAGCAAGCCGCCUUGAAUUACACCUCUAUUAGUGGAAUCUCCGCCGAUACCACCGUGGCCAAGGACUUAGGCGACAGGGCAAUGUUUUUGGCCCAUGUUACGCCGUUUUACCCCAAGGAAUUGGCCCAAUUCCCGACUGAAUUGGUCCAAUUGCUGGAAUCCUCGGCCAAGAGCCUUCUCUCCGGUCUGCGGGUGCAAGUGACGAAAGCAUUGAUACUUUUGGUCAAUCGAAAGAUCAUAGAUAUUGCUGAGACACUAGAAGUAUUCAUGGAGCUCCAGACACUGGGGGACAAAGCGAUACAAAAACUGGCAUUUUCCCACGUUAUUCAAAGCAUUAGGCACAUGAAUCAGAAACAUAAGAACGAUCCGAAGAAUAAGGCACUCCAGAACAUUUUGUUCGGAAUGCUGCAGCGAGAGGAAGAAGCAAUAGCUAAGCGAGCGCUAAUUACCCUGUGUGAUCUCCAUCGGAGGAAAGUUUGGUGUGAUGAUAGGACAGCAAAUGCUAUAUGUACGGCAUGUUUUCAUCCGUCGACAAGGAUCAUGAUUUCUGCCUUGUCGUUUCUUCUUGAUUUUGAGAAGAUUGAAGAUGAUGAUAGUGAUGAUUCUGACAGCGAAGAUGACCAAGCAACCCCACAGCCUCAAGUAGUACUGAAUAAAGAAGCUAUGUACAAGGCAAACCAUAAAGGCACAAAAGCAAGCAAAAAGAAGAAGAAGGCAAAACUGGAGCGUGUUGCACGAAGUAUGAAGAAGCAGCAGCGUUUAUCAUCCGAGAAAAGUAACACAAACCACGCCUCACCACUAAACCAUUUGAUAGAUGCACAGGGUUUUUCCGAGAAGCUAUUUUCUCGACUGCAGUCUAGCACCCAAGAAAGGUUUGAGGUUAAAAUGAUGAUGCUUAAAGUAAUUGCACGAACUGUUGGCCUUCACCACCUGAUCUUGUUGAACUUCUAUUCGUAUCUUCAAAAAUACGUCCAGCCACAUCAACGAGAUGUUACAACUCUACUUGCAGCAGCUGUUCAAGCCUGCCACGAAAUGGUACCACCAGAUGCAGUUGAACCAUUGUUUAAGCAAAUAGUAAACCAAUUUGUACAUGAUCGAUCACGACCUGAGGCCAUCACUGUCGGGUUGAAUGUAGUUCGCGAAAUAUGUCUUCGCAUGCCUUUGUUGAUGACUGAAGAACUGCUCCAAGACCUUGUCUUAUAUAGGAAGUCUCAUGAGAAAGCAGUUUCUGCUUCUGCUCGAUCACUUCUUACACUAUUUAGAGAGGUUUGCCCAUCAUUGUUAGUCAAGAAGGAUAGAGGGAGGCCCACUGAACUUAAAGCUAAACCUAAGGCAUUUGGUGAAGUGCAUGUUGAGAGCAAUAUCCCAGGUGUUGAGCUAUUGGAAGAAGAAGAUCAAGGGAAUAGUGAUGAGGACAUUGAUGGGGAUGAUAGUCCUGAUGAGGACAUUGAUGGGGAUGAUAGUCAAGGAGAUGAUUCUGUUGAUCUUGUUGAAGAGGAUGGAAUAGGAGAAAGUGAUGGCGGGGGCUCCAUUGGCUCGGAUGAUGAAUUGGAUGAUGGCAGUGAUGAUAGUGGCGAAAAUGAUGAAGUCUCUGGUGGAGAUGAUAUUGAUUACAGUGUUGACGGUGCUAGUGAAAUCGGUGAUGAAGAGAGUGAAGAUGAUGAUUUACUGGAAAUCAAUAAUAGUAUUGGGAAGGAUGCUGAUGUUGAUAGCAAUAAACUGAAACAGAAGAAACGGAAGUUCUCUGAUUUUGAGGGCCAGUUGAAUGCUGCCAAUAAUAGUCUUCGUGCUUUAAAGAAAUUAGCAGGAACUACUGAGAACGUCGCUUCAUCCUCAAAUUAUGGAAUUCUUUCUAACGAGGACUUCCAAAGAAUCAGAGAGCUGAAGGCUAAGAAGGAUGCAAGGACUGCUUUGACACAACAUGGAUUCAAGCUUCCUACCUCAGACCAACUUAGCCUCAAGAGAGUAGAUGCUGCAACACUCGAGGCAAACAUAAAGAGGAAGUUAACAAAGGAACAAAAAUUGGCAUUGAUCAGAGAAGGAAGGGAAGACAGAGGGAAAUAUCAAGCCCGCAGCUCUCUAAAGAAGAAAAAGACUGGUGGUUUAAGCAAUCGGGAAAAGGAGCACAAAAAGAUCAUGCCUGAUGCCGCAAGAAAAGCCAGGAUAUCAAGAUCUCGCCAACAGAAGAAGACAAAACAAAAACAUUCGGAUAAACAAUUCCGUGGAAGGAAAGCAUGGAAAUGAUCUGUGGUCUUGGACUUGUGUGUUGCAUUGCUACCGUGCCGGACGAAUUUUGGCCAGGAAAAACUAAAAGUCAAGAUCAUAGAAUUUGGCUUGAAGCCAUCUUUAUUCUUCAUGGAAGAGCAUGAAGUCCACACAGUGAGAGCAGCUACAUAAGUUGAAUAUCUAACUUGCCUUCCCUUCAAAGUUUUGUUAGCUCUGUUGAGUUUUUUUAGGAUUGAAUUUCGAGCUUUAGAGUAAUGAAUUUUAUUGUUCAUUUUAAAUUAUAUAAGUGGGUUGUUUUGGAAUCAGAAAGUGGUUUAUGAAUAUUUGCAAGUGUUUCAAUACUGAAAAA